GAGCCGGGGGCCGCAGCGGAGCCAGCGGGCGCACCCGUGGGCGGCGGCCGCCGCGAUGUCUGCUCGGUGCUGUGCGGGCCAGUUGGCCUGCUGCUGUGGGUCCGCAGGCUGCUCCCUCUGCUGCGACUGCUGCCCCAGGAUCCGACAGUCCCGGAGCACCCGCUGCAUGUACGCCCUCUACUUCAUCCUGGUUGUCAUCCUCUGCUGCAUCAUGAUGUCAAAAACUGUGGCCAACGAGAUGAAAGAGCAUAUUCCUUUUUUCGAAGAUAUGUGUAAAGGCAUUAAAGCUGGAGACACCUGCGAGAAGCUGGUGGGGUAUUCUGCAGUGUACAGAGUCUGUUUUGGAAUGGCCUGUUUCUUCUUCAUCUUCUGUCUACUGACCUUGAAAAUCGACAACAGCAAAAGUUGUAGAGCUCAUAUUCACAAUGGCUUUUGGUUCUUUAAACUUCUGCUGUUGGGGGCCCUGUGCUCUGGAGCUUUCUUCAUUCCAGAUCAGGAGACCUUUCUGCACGCCUGGCGCUACAUGGGAGCCGUUGGAGGCUUCCUCUUUAUAGGCAUCCAGCUCUUCCUGCUCGUGGAGUUUGCACAUAAGUGGAACAAGAACUGGACUGCAGGCACAGCCAGUAACAAGCUGUGGUACGCCUCUCUGGCCCUGGUGACGCUCAUCAUGUAUUCCGUUGCCACUGGAGGCUUGAUUUUCAUGGCAGUUUUCUAUACACAAGCAAACGGCUGCGUGGAAAACAAAAUUUUCCUGGGAGUCAAUGGAGGCUUGUGUCUGCUUAUCUCAGUAGUAGCCAUCUCUCCCUGGGUCCAAGAGCGGCAGCCACACUCAGGGCUCCUACAGUCAGGGCUCAUAAGCUGCUACGUCACCUACCUCACCUUCUCAGCUCUGUCCAGCAAACCUGUAGACGUAGACUUUCAGUUGCUAGUAGGUGUGAAGAUUCACUUUUCAGCUGCCCUUAAGCCUGCCCUUGACUUGACAUCCACAACAAGAUCAAGUUCUGAUGCCCUGCAGGGGCGCUACGCAGCUCCUGAACUGGAAGUAGCUCGGUGCUGUUUUUGCUUCGAUCCCAGUGGAGAGGACACUGAAGAGCAGGAGCAGGUAAAGGAGGGACCACGAGUCAUUUAUGACGAGAAGAGAGGCACCGUCUAUAACUAUUCCUAUUUCCACUUCGUGUUCUUCUUGGCUUCCCUCUAUGUGAUGAUGACCAUCACCAGCUGGUUCAACUAUGAAAGCGCCCACAUCGAAACCUUCUUGAGCGGGAGCCCGUCCAUCUUCUGGGUCAAGAUGGCCUCCUGCUGGAUCUGCGUGCUGCUGUACCUGGGGACGCUGGUCGCUCCUCUCUGCCGUCCUGCUCCGCACUUCUCCGUGUGAGGAUGUCAGCAGGGCCCUCAGCUUGGCAGGCCUGCAGCCGUGUGAAGACGUCCUUUGCACAGUGCCCCGGGGGUUCGAGCAGUGACUGGUGCCCUGUGCUUGAGUGGGUCUGAAAAGGCUUUCAGAAAAAAAUCUCCUGAUCAGCUUUUUAAUUGUGAAUUCAAAAAGAAAAAACCAAUUUGUCCCAAAGGAUUUGAAAUUUUCAGCCAAACUGAUUAUGGGCGAUAAUAUGUGUUUUUAUUUGUCUUACUGCUAGAAACUGGAUAGUAGUUAUGUUGGUAUUUUCCUUCUGCACGUUUUUACUAAAACAGAAUUCGGGGCACAAUGUCCUUUCACGGGGAUAAAAACCUAUCUUGUGUGGCCUGUCAUUCUCAUCCUUGGAAUUGCAAAACAUGCCAAAAUUUUGAGCCCCCGGCCCUUGAUAGAAUCCAGACCCCUCUCACUUCUCCUUCCUGGUGCCUCAUCCCCAGUGGGCUUUGAGCACAGGACUCGGCCCGCAGGGCCCCUGAUAUUUACAGGGUACACGCCGCUUCCCUGUGAGGGUGUGAUGCUGGGAAUCACAGACUUGACUCCCUUCCCAGGGAUCUCCUCUUCCUUUCCGGGCUCAGCAUCUUUGUAUUCAAUAAUAAUGUGAAAAAGCACAAUUUGCCCGAUCUCCACCGGGUGUUUCCCCACCGUGUUAUCACUACCUGGUUCGAGUUACUGCAAUAAGUGUGGCGCUUGUCUGUGUUGUUGUUCACACGAUUAUAGAACAAGAUUCAUGUUGUUUCCUUUGCCUAUGCGAUGGAGGGCUAUAACUCUCACCUGUUUGUGCCGUAAACAAUAAUAACUAAGGACCUUACCUGAAAAGAUGCUUCCUGACGAAGCCUGCUGCACCCCUGCACCCCUCUUUCGGUCGUUAGGGUCAGCCCCUCCGUUCCUCCUCCACCUUGAGGCCUUUGAGAUUGUCAGAGCAAAAGAGCUUUUGUUUUCCAGAUCCACGUGACCACUAUGGUUUCCUUGGUAGAUUUACCGAGGGGAGAAUUUCCUGAGGUGAGGAUCCCAGGCACCACCUCACACAGCCCUCAGGCAGAUCCGGCCUGUUAGACAAGCUGUGGAAGUGACCAAAUACACUUUCAGAAAGGUAGGUGGUUGGGGGUAUUUAAUUAAGCCAUAGACAACCUCCACAGAAACUUCCAAAACACGUACUUGUAAAGUAAUACCCACAGUGACUGUCGGCAGCUACCCAAGGUGUGCCGUUUUCAGUGUUGAUGUUCUUCGUCAGGGCAGAGGUGUGCGCAGUGCCAAGUCCAUUGGCGCAUUGACUGCCCUGUCUGUUGUUUUGAGCUUGGGGCCUGGUGAAGCAAAACCCUGCAGUUGGUUCAUGUAAGUCUUACUUAUUGA